AGGUACUUGAUCUGUAAACGACUGAUGUCAAGGUCACAAAAGUCAUUUCAACAAUGAACUUCAAAAAAGUUAAUUAUUUCUUGUUUCUACCCAACCAGUCGUCUUUAGCGGCACUCACGCGAUACGCCAACUAUAGUUAUUUAACUUCUGAUAUCAUUUACAUGCAAGCAACACUGAGUAGUAACUCUCAUACAUACUGCACUUGUUUACUUUUACUAACAUUAUAGUGAGUGACAUGAGAAUAUUAUACUGUGCAGUUUGAAUAUUAUUGCUUUAAAAGAAGCCAUACAGUGCUUUCAUUUUAAACAUCAGUUCACAUAAUAAUCAUGGAUAAUUUAGAGGUUGCUACCCAUGAUGUUUUUGGAAAUGUUCCGGUAUUGCCCAUCAUAAUAGGAGCAGGUGCUGUUGUCGUCCUGUCAACAGUCAUUGCUAACUGCCUGUGGGGAAAGAAAACUAAAAAGCCAACUAAACUAGUGGCUCUUGUGGACCCCAAUGUCAAAUACCCGCUGCCUCUGAUUGAGAAAGAGGAAAUAAGCCAUGACACAAGGAGAUACCGCUUGGGACUGCCAUCUUCCGAGCAUGUUUUGGGUCUACCCAUUGGCCAGCACAUUCAUUUGUCGGUGACAAUUAAAGACGACCUGGUGAUCAGAGCCUACACACCUGUAUCAAGUGAUGAAGACAAAGGCUAUGUGGACCUUGUAGUGAAGGUGUACUUCAAAGAUGUCCACCCUAAGUUCCCGGAAGGGGGUAAAAUGUCCCAAUACCUGGAGAGCAUGAAGAUCGGAGACACCAUCGACGUGCGGGGACCCUCGGGCAGGCUGCAGUACGCCGGACACGGACAGUUCCUCAUCAAGAAGAUGAGGAAAGAUCCCCCAGUCAAAGUGAAUGUUAAGAAGCUUAACAUGAUUGCAGGUGGUACUGGCAUCACGCCCAUGCUGCAGCUAGUGCGCCACAUCUGCAAGGACGCGACUGACCAGACCGAGCUGCGUCUGCUGUUCGCCAACCAGAGCGAGGACGACAUUCUUCUGAGGAACGAGCUCGAGAAGUACCAGGCUGAACACCCGAGCCAGUUCAAAGUGUGGUACACUGUUGACAGGCCUACUGAAGGCUGGAAGUACAGCACAGGCUUCAUCAACGACGAGAUGAUCAAAAGCCACCUGUUCCCGCCCGGUGAUGACGUCAUAGUGCUCAUGUGUGGACCCCCGCCAAUGAUAAACUUCGCCUGCACGCCGGCUCUCGAGAAACUGGGCUACAGGGAAGACCUGCGCUUCGCUUACUAAGCAAGUUCGUUUGUUUACGGGUUCAAUUGUUAUUUAUUAGUAAGUAGGUACAUACGUUAACGGUUAAUCAACGGUUCACCUAUAAUGAAAGAGAUCACUGUUAACAGAGAUGUCUGCCGUCUUACUUUGAGUUUGUUUA